AUAAAGAGUAUAGAGAAUCACACACACUAAAAGUGGAUCCAAGAAGGCAUGGCAAGCUUCCACUAUCUUCAGAAGCAUCAGAGGAGAAAGAGAAAGAGGAUGAGUUUGAUGCUUAUGCAUCUUGGUCUUCAGAAACUGACAUGUCUGAAAUGGUUUCUGCUCUUGCUCAAGUUAUGGGAACCACCAAUCGGAACCCACACAUGCCACAAUCAACUUAUUUUCCUCUCUCAACUUCAGUGGUCAAUGAUCAGCCUCAACCUUACCCAUCUCAUCCUCCUCUAGAUCAAAAAGUGACAAAGAAACCACACUACAGAGGAGUGAGGCAGAGACCAUGGGGCAAAUGGGCAGCAGAAAUACGUGAUCCCAAAAAAGCAGCCAGAGUGUGGCUGGGAACCUUUGAAACAGCUGAGGAUGCAGCCCUUGCAUAUGACAAAGCAGCACUCAAGUUCAAAGGCACAAAAGCCAAACUUAAUUUCCCUGAAAGGGUUCAUCAAGAUGCAACUUUUCUUCAACAAGCUCCAUCAAACAAAAACAUCAUUCCCUUCCAAGCAACUGGCUCUGUUUCUUCUCUUGAUGCUGUAACCCCUCACCCAUUGUCCACACAACAUGACCACCAAGUUUUCCCUAAUCUCUUCCAAUAUGCACGGAUUCUUUCAAGUGAUGAUUCACAGUUCCCUUAUUACACAUCACAUCUUUUCAAUCACCAACAACAAGAACAACCACCUUUGAGUUCUCAAUUCUCUACCACUUUAUCAUCCUCCUCAUCUCCCUCAUCCUACUUCUACAACCAGCAACAACAAUAUGAUGAACAAGGACAUGAUCACUCAGGCCAGUAGCAUGCAUGGUUUUAAUCUCUGUGAUUUUUGCAACUAUAACUUGCAACACAUUUUCAGCAUAUCUAUUUUUGAGGUAUAUAACCCUGGCGGCACUUUAAAACCUUAGGGGCAAAAUAAAUUUCAACCUUGACUAGUAGUAUAUGUAUCGGUCAAUUUUGAUGUAGAACGAACCGGGAUUAUUGUACCUUUCUUUAAGCGUGCACACAAGGCAUGCACAAUUAAUUUCAACUUUCAUUAUGAGUAAUGUUACAUAUAUUCUGUACGGAUAACUUAUGUUCAAAAUUAUUUCUUGUCAGUUUUUAAUCAAUCACGAGGGUGAAGCGAGAAAAAUGUAAUUAUUUAAUAAUUGUAACACAA